AUGCGCAUUCGGCAAUUCCUCGCCUAUCGUCGACAAGCGGCGAGUCUCUCAAUUCAGUCUACCUCUAUCAAUGCCCGUCAUAGCCGUCUUCUCGAGUCUCUUCAGGAUGUCGGUCUAGCGUCGGGUCGUCGUCGGGCUGCUAAAGGUCGGCGUUGCUCCAAAGCUGGUGCGAACAUUGGUCUCUCGACUACGAAGGCCUGGAUAAAUAGCUGGGAUGGACACACUGUUCGCUUUGGCAGCCACAGCUCCUCCUGUUCCUACCCAGUCUUCCUCGCUAUGAUUCAGAAGCUCACUGGAAUCCUCGCUACCGCGACCUUGUUCACUGCCGCUCUUGCGGGACCUGGUCCAAACUGGCCAGGAUUCGCGGGCUUGCGUUGGUCCUUUGUCUUUGGAGACAGCUACACGACUGUCGGCUUCAACAGCAGGUCUCCGGUACCCAACGCCCAAAAUCCACUUGGGGUGACCUACCCUGGUCAAACCACCUCAGGCGGUCCCAACUGGGUAGGCUACUUUACAAGCACGUACAACUCGAGCCAGAUCUGGACUUUCGAUUACGCGAUCUCUGGUAACACCGUCUCGGGUGUGCAGGGGCAGAUCCAGGAUUAUCAGCCUGCUGCCGGCUCGAAGCCAAGCUAUGCUCCUUGGACUGGAAGCAACUCGCUUCAUGCGACCUGGAUUGGAAUCAAUGACAUCAACUUUGGCGCUCAACCGGCGCAGGCGAUUUCUCAGCUUUUCCAGCUCCAAGAGAACCUCUACACCAACGGCGCCAGGAACUUCUUGUUCGUCAAUGUUCCGCCAUUCCAUCGUGCUCCAUUUUCAAACAACAACCAGAAUACCUUGAACCAAAUCAAUACCUGGAACACCGCUCUCACCACUGCUGCCAACUCUUUCCAGAGCAGGCAUGCGGACGUCUCUGUAUUCGUUUACGACUCUUUCUCGUUGUACACCAAAUUGCUAAACAGUCCUUCGCAGUACGGCUUCACCGACAUCACCACGUCUGGCGGCAGCUUCUGGUACGACGUCAUCCACCCCAGAGCAAGGGUGCACGAUUACAUGGCCCAGGACUUGGUGGAGUUCUUAAAGGCUCAGUCAACAGGCACUGAGCCCACCAACCCACCUACGACCGGUCCCACAGACCCACCGCCACCCGCCACCGCCCUUCCUCCAACGACCACGAUCGCUCCUCCGCCUACAACCACGACGCCUAACCAGCCGCUUCAGACUCGGUAUGGCCAGUGCGGUGGGCAGGGAUAUACGGGGCCCACGGCCUGCCAGGCACCGUACACUUGCACCUUCUCGAACCAGUGGUACUCCCAGUGCUUGUGA